UGGCUUGCCGUGUCGUGUGGUGUUGGAUGUGAGGAAUCUGCAUGCUUCCCGAAGAUUCCCACAAUUGGUGACCCCGAUUUUGCCGUGUUUUACUAUGUCUACGCCGGUUCGUCCCCCUGCCUCUGUCGGACGUGGACGUCCACGGGGUUCCGGAGCUGUUUCUAAUACGCCGCCCCAGCCAACUGCGCCCAGUCCCCAUGCCACUGACGGACAACCUGUACCAGCACCUCCACCAGCAGCAGUAACCAGCGUUUCUCUCAAACUCCCACCUUUCUGGCCGAACGAUCCGCAACUGUGGUUCACGCAGGUCGAAGCGCAGUUUGCCAUAAAGGGCAUCACCGUGGAGAACACCAAAUGCCAAUACGUGGUGAGCUCGCUAUCCCAUGAGUUCGCUCAUGAGGUGCGCGAUAUGCUUCUGCAACCGCCAACUCAGCAACCCUACUCGUACACCAACUUGAAGCGGCACCUCGUGGAGCGUUUGUGCGCCAGCGAGCAGAAGCGCAUCCGCCAGCUCCUGACGGAGGCACAACUCGGAGAUCGCCGUCCAUCGCAGUUCCUCCGGCAUCUUCGCCAGCUACAGGGCACCUCUACUGUGGAGUCUGCAGUGCUCCAGGAACUGUUUCUGCAGCGACUCCCACCCCAUGUACGAAUGGUCCUCGCCUCCGCAUCCUCACUGUCUCUGGAGCAGCAGGCCUCCCUCGCUGACAAUCUAAUGGAAAUCGCCAGCACUCCGCAGCCUGCCCUACAUCAUGUCGCCGCUACGCCUGUAUCACCCAGCCCUGACGCGUCCAUGGAGCUUCAAGAACUGCGUGCCGAAAUUUCCUCCCUCCGCCAACAACUGGACCGUGCCAGCUCGUCUCAGCACCGUGGUCGAUCCCAAUCACCAGGGCAUGGCCGUAGCAAGUCCCCACGACGGCCACAAAAGGACCAGUCUGACGACACUCUCUGCUUUUACCACCGUAGAUUUGGCGAUAAAGCCCAGCACUGCACGAUGCCAUGUUCCGAGUCGGAAACCUUUUGUGCCAGCCAUUAGCUGCAGCGUCAUGUUUUGCCGGCCACUUGCACUGAUCGCCGCGGCACAUCGUCCCAGUCACUCCGCGCUGCCAACGGUACACCCAUUGCUACAUAUGGACACCGUAGUGUUACUGUCGACCUGGGACUCCGGUGCCGUUUUCAGUGGGUCUUUGUGGUCGCUGAGGUGGAACAGGCCAUUCUAGGAGCGGAUUUCCCCCAUCCUCAUCACCUGCUCGUCAAUAUUCGUGGCAAGAAGAUCGUUGAUUGCCUCACGAAUAUGUCUACAACUGCACACACCAUGUUUACUGCUUCUCCUGUGCGUCCUGUCGUUAACCUCCUGUCGGCACCUCCUCCUGUCCAGGAGUUGCUCACCGCGUUUUCAGGCAUUACUCGUCAGUUCUCCGCAGUUCAAGAGCCCCA